AUGAAUGUUUUCGCACUCCAUCCUGGUGCUAGAGUCCUAGUGACAGGGGCAAACGGAUUCAUUGCAUCCCACACCAUCAAUGAGCUUUUAAAGCUGGGAUACCGGGUGCGAGGCACCGUGCGGAACCCCAAGCCCUGGCUCGAUGAUCAUUUUACGCACCGGUAUGGCCCAGGCAUGUUCCAAACUGCCCCAGUUGCAAGCUUUCAGGAUUCCCGGGAGAUUGAUGCUGCUUUGGAUGAUGUAGAUGGGAUAGUUCACCUGGUGGCUCCGUGGGCACGAAAAGCGACGUUAAGCGUCCUCGAGGCCGCAUUGGGAAGACCCUCAAUUCAGCGUGUCGUUCUAGGCUCAUCGUCAAUGGCGGCGUAUACGCCUAUCCCCGGCAAGCGCGAAAUACGAGUCGACGAAAGUACCUGGAACCUCUCUGCUAUACGUAAAGCUUGGGAGACGGAUAGCUACACCACGAGUACGCCGGAUGUUUCUCACCUGGACUGGAACAGCCUAUCCAACGUCAAUAAUGCACCAUCUCCACGAAAUCAACAUGAAUACGCCAAAAUGCUUAUAACGUAUGGCGCUUGUAAAACCCAAUGUGAAUUAGAAGCGUGGCGGUGGGUUCGGAGUAAUCGAUGCUCUUUCGGGUUCAACACUGUUCUCCCAGCAUUUACAGUGGGAAGAAUUCUACACCCGCAGAUCCCUGGCUCUACCAUGGGCUGGGUGCGCAGCCUGCUCAUCGGCAACAGAACACCUCUAUCGCUCAUCCCACCCAAAUGGUUCGUGGAUGUGGAAGACGUGGCGCGUCUAUUUGUAGUGGCAUUGCUCGCACCCAGUGUGACCUCAGAGCGACUGUUUGCAUUUGGAGAAUCGACAAAUUGGACUGACGUGGUGCGCAUUCUACGACAAUUAGACCCUGGGAACACACAAAUUCCAAUCCCUCCGGAGAGAGAAGAGCGAGACCACGCCGAGAUCGUGCCUCGAGGGAGAGCAGUUCGGCUGCUGCAGCAGUUCUACGGCCAGUCCAGCAUGACACCGAUCGCCACCAGUAUUGCAAACGGGAUUCCCAAAGACAGACUGCUUGGUACAGUUUGA